GUUUACAUUUGCACUGUUUGACAUUGUGCGUCUCCAAAGGGAGGUUCUGUGGAGCUGGAAAUAUAUUUAUAAGACGUUCUAACCUAAGUUUAGAUGACUUUAAGACGUCUUAUGCUCAUAACCCAAGAGGUUUUGCGGCUCUGUUUGUGUGUUAGAGCUAUUGUGGCCCCCUUUUAUGGCUUGUGUGAAUUAGUUUUGACGUGACAAGGGAGAGAAGGGAGGGGGCAGGGGUGGUGGGAGGAGAAGCGAGGGAGCGAGCAUUUCGCUGCUCACCAGGAAUAUGUGAGCAUACAAAGAAGAUGACUCCUCAGCAGAGAGGUCACUGUCGGACGAGCUGAGCUGGCUUUGCUUUAUCAGCUCCCGGCUGAUCUCUGGACUCUCAGAUUGAGCAACUCACCAAGAGACUGGCAGCUAAAAAAAAAAAAAAAAAAAAUCACACAGAGAAAGAGCCCGGACAGAGUGAGGAGACAAAUUAUACAGAAGAAAAAUAUGUAGGAAAAGCCAAAUGGAGCAAGCACGGAGGAUUUGGAGGUGCAAUGACUGAGUGAAGCUUUUAUUUAAAGUUUUGAGUUAGAGCAUGAUAGGUUUCCCAGGACAAAGGGGGGUCAGUGGAAGGGGUCCGGUGACAGCCAGCGCGAGGGCACAAGCCCUCAUGUGAAACACGGAGGAAUUAAACGGUAAACAGCAGUGAAAAAGCAAAAAGCGGCAGACUGGCAGGCCCCAAACGUCACGUCAGGAUGGGUGUGAAACGCAAGGCGGCUGCGGCUAUCUUGGUCCUGCUACUGUGCCUCGGCUCGCUGUGGAUACAGGGCGGUUUGGAUUACCACUGGGAUUCCUGUUUAAAAGGCUACAAUCAGGGUAACAAGAUUAACCGCCGACCCAACAACACACCCCACCCCCGACUCCAGGAUCAGCUUCACCACCCGUCCAACAGCAGCGAGGCAGACGAGACUAAGGGCCCGCCUGUGCUCUCGCUGUGCCCCGGCCAGAACUUCCAGGUGUCAGUGUUGGUCUCCCACCUGCUGGCUGCCCGGGCGUACACCUCUGAUGUGCUGCUGCAGCCAUAUCUGUCCAGCUGGGACGAGCUCAUAAAGUUCAUGGAGUCUCUGGGCUCCAUGGUUAGUCUGAUAUCAAAAGAGAUAGAGACUAAGACCUCCAUAAUCCGGCAACUGGCCCUGAUGUCUGAGAGGGGCCCCGAGGCGGAGUUUGACCCGGACAUGGAGUCGGGACACUCUGUAAACACAAACCUUGGGGGGGGAAAUGUUGUGGGGACUCUGCAGGGUAAAGGAGCCUACAACUCUGUGCGCUCAAUGAUUUGGACAGAGCUUAAUCGAGGCAUAGUUGAUUUCCAGCGCCAGACGGACUCUGGAUGUCGGACCAUCCUGCGACUGCACCGAGCUCUGCUCUGGCUGAAGCUCUUCCUGCAGAAGCUGGCAGAGACGCCGACGGCCGGACGGCUCAGGAGCCCCUCCGAUCUCUGUCGAGAGGCCUACCAGAGCACCCUCGCUCACCACCACACUUGGUUUGUGCGCAGGGCUGCUGAGUUGGCCUUCAUCGCCCUGCCGGAGCGGGGCUUCUUCUUCAGGCUGGUGUGUGUGCAGGGCCAGGAGGAGCUGAGCGUGGUGUUGACCAGAGUCGUUAAUGCCAUCGGAGAAAUCUAUGACAGGACACAGAAAGCACUGGAGGAGAACGGCAUGCUGGACUUACCUUGAACUCAACCAAGCAAGAAGGAAACGUGUCAAAAACAGCUGAGCAGGCUAUUUUUGAAGUCAAAACAAAAGAGCAUCUUCUGCAGAUCAAGAUGCUGUCUUUUUUUUUUUUUUUUUUUUUUUUUUUUUUUUUACACCUUAGAGAUAAUUCAAGACAGCAGAUGACAUAUGUUAGCUCACUUGAUCUGGUGAAGACAGCUUUAUAAAAGCAUCUGCUCUACAUGAGUCUCAAAGGAGGUAGGGUGUUGUGACUAAAUCAGAUUUAAUGGCUCUUGU